GAUGAAACAGGGCAGUUGAAUUCAAGGAUGCACAGAAGGUAGUCCGUCGAUUUUACCUCUAAGAGUGAUUUGAAACGCACCUGUCACAAAGAUGGAUCGAGUAUUUGUGGGAUUAAAUGUUGAUAUAAAACGGACGGAUCGUCGAAUUCAUCCAGCCAAAAUAAGUUGCUUGAAUGCCUUAAAUCGCACAGUAACAGUAGAAUGGCUCGAAAACGGGGAAACUAAAGCUAAAGAGAUUGAAAUAGAAAUCAUACUUGCGCUAAAUCCACAUCUAAUCGUGGGAUCGUUAGAUGGCACGCCGGCCAACAAGUCCACACCGAAAAACGUGUCUCGAAGGACGACGACAGGCUCGAAAAAUGGAACUUCUUCAAACGUACGAGAUUCUCAUACUCCUCAAAAUGCUAUCAAAUCAAGUAGUACUCCAAAAUUAUCAGUUAUCCCAUCACCUGGAGAACAGGGCACCCAUUUGACUCCUGGAUUACCAAAUUUUCAUACUAGAACCCAACCUUCUAUGGCUAAUGUUCGGCGGCGUACUAAUCCAAUCAAAGAAGUAGAGAGGAUGGAGAAGAAUAGAGAAGAACGUAAAAUUCGAAAUGCUGAAUCAAGAGAAGAAAAGAAAACGUUAAUGAAAAAAGAUCCAGGGAAUGUAAACUGGGAAUUUUCAGCCAUGAUUAAGGAAUUCUGUGCAUCGUUGGAUUAUCAUCCUAUCAGAGAUACUGAUUUUAUUGAUAAGGGAGGUUCUGAUCCUCAGAUUACUGUAUGUGUACGUAAAAGGCCCAUGAACAAAAAGGAGUUAGAUGUAAAAGAGGUUGAUAUAGUAUCAAUUCCAGACAAACAGAGGAUUAUAGUUCAUGAGCCAAAAUUGAAGGUUGAUUUGACUAAAUAUUUGGAAAACCAACAAUUUCGCUUUGAUUUUGCAUUCGAUGAAAAUUGUAAUAACGAAGUUGUCUAUCGCUGCACUGCACGACCGUUGGUCAGGACACUUUUCGAAGGAGGCAUGGCUACUUGUUUUGCCUAUGGUCAAACUGGAAGUGGAAAGACGCAUACUAUGGGUGGAGAGUUCCUUGGAAAAAGUCAAAAUUGUGGUAACGGAAUUUAUGUUUUGACCGCAACCGAUGUUUUUAAAAAAGUUCUACAGCCAAAAUACCGUGAUCUCCAACUUAAAGUGUCGGCGUCGUUUUUCGAAAUCUAUUCCGGGAAAGUUUUUGAUUUAUUAAACGGAAAAGCUAAACUACGUGUAUUGGAAGAUGGAAAACAACAAGUUCAAGUUGUGGGCUUAUGUGAAAGGCCCGUCGAAUCUGUUGAUCAAGUGUUGGACUUGAUCCGUCAUGGUAGUCGAAUGCGGACUAGUGGCCAAACAGCAGCAAAUGCUAAUUCUUCCCGUUCACACGCCGUCUUUCAAAUAAUUCUGCGUGCUGGAACUGGUUCUCGCCUUCAUGGAAAGUUUUCGCUCGUCGACCUUGCAGGAAACGAAAGAGGAGCAGAUACGAAUUCUUCGGAUAGACAGACUAGAAUGGAGGGCUCCGAAAUUAAUAAAUCUCUGUUGGCCUUGAAAGAAUGUAUCAGGGCCCUUGGUCGACGAGGAGCGCAUCUUCCCUUCCGCGCUUCUAAGUUAACUCAAGUGUUAAAAGAUUCUUUCGUAGGAGAGAAAUCUAGAACUUGCAUGAUCGCAAUGAUAAGCCCAGGGAUGUCCUCCUGCGAGCAUUCCCUUAAUACACUCAGGUACGCUGAUCGCGUAAAAGAACUCGCUGUGGAUUCCGGCGAUCCUCGAGAAGAUGAACCAAAUCUGUUGAAGUCAAGUCCAUCAGCCUCGGAACCUAACCUACAACUGAUAACCGAAGAGGAAGAAGAACUUUCUGCCGAAUUAUAUUCCUUCCACGAAGCGGCAUUUAGGUUGCAGGAAAUGGAAGAAGACGUAGUUGAAGGCCAUCGUAAUUUGCUUGAAAAUUUUCCGAAAUGGCAUCAAACUGUUGCAAAAUUAAUUGAACUUCCUGAUCAAAUCGAUUUUGACCUUGAAGCGUACGUUUUGAGGAUGUCUACUGUUUUGGCCGAAUUUGAGGACGACAUUUCGUCUGUAAAAACGAAAUUUAUACAAGCUCGUAAAGAGUUAGGAAUAGACGAUGUAGACAAUCAUCGAUCAAAGAUGCUUCACCACCCUAGGUCGCUGGCAUACAAUGGAAAUCAGUUACGAGAAGCGGAACGUUGCGAAUGAUAGUCCAUCCUUGUGCUCCUAAAAUCAAUCUGUCUCUCACUACAUGUCCAGUUCUUUUGUUAAAUCAUUUUAUUAUAAUUUUUUUUCAACCCACACCAGUACCGCACCUCUUCAUUGCCAUUAUAUUUACCAUGCUUUGUUAAAGGCGUUUAACGUAGCAGAACAGAGCAUUUACCAGUUAGAUUCUAGCAUCUCUGUAUAUAUUUAAUGGGGCGAUU